AUGGCACCGGCCCUCACUGAUGCCCUCCCCACGGCUCCCCACAACCUCACCAGCUCCGUUCCGGUUGAUGCCUUCCCCGAUGGUUUGAAGACUACCGGUCAACACCCGCCUCUCUAUGAUCAUAUCAGGCCCUUCGACCGCUUCCCGCGCCAGAUCACCGGCCCCACUGUCUGGAAGCCAGAGGAGUUCCGCGACAACCCAGAGAAGUGGACACACGUAUUCAGCCCGGAGCAGAUCGAGGAGCUCAGCACGGCAGCCGAUGCCUUCCUCACAUCCAAGACCCCACUCACAGGCAUUUCAAAGAGCAACUUCCAACUCCCCAAGCUGGCCGACUAUCUCGAAACUCUGCGCAGAGACCUGGUCGACGGCAAGGGAUUUAUCCUCUUCAAGGGCUUCCCCGUCGAGAAAUGGGGCAACCACAAGUCAGCCGUCGCUUACAUGGGCCUGGGCACGUACCUGGGCUACUUUGUGAGCCAGAACAGCCGCGGACAUGUGCUGGGCCAUGUCAAGGAUCUCGGGGAGGACUCGACGCAGAUUGACAAAGUGCGCAUCUACCGGACCAACGCUCGCCAAUUCUUCCAUGCCGACGACUCCGACAUUGUCGGUCUCCUCUGCAUCGCUAAGGCCCUGGAGGGCGGCGAGUCCGACAUCGUCUCGUCGCACCACGUCUACAACACGCUGGCCGUCGAACGCCCAGACGUGCUGAGGACACUGACCGAGCCGAUCUGGUACUUCGACCGCAAGGGCGAGACCAGCAAAGGUCAGGACGAGUACAUCCGCACGAGCGUGGUGUAUCUGGAACGAGGCGAGAACGGGCGCGUGUACACAAAAUGGGACCCCUACUACGUCCGCUCUCUCACCCGUUUCUCCAACGCAGGCAUCAUCCCCCCACUCUCCGCCGCCCAACAAGAAGCUCUCCACGUCCUCGAAGCAACCUGCAACCAACAUUCCCUCCACAUGAUCCUGGACGUCGGCGACAUCCAGUUCCUGGCCAACUCGCACAUCCUGCACGCGCGCACCUCGUACAAGGACCAUGCGCCGCCUGCACCGCGCCGCCACCUGAUGAGAUUGUGGCUGGCCACCCCCGAGAACGAAGGCGGCUGGAAGCUGCCGUUCUGGGAUAGCAAUGAGAAGAAGCGUGGGGGGAUCCAGGUGGAUGAUCAGCCGCCGGUGGCGCCGUUGGACGCGGAGUGA